AUGGAUAAGUUAGAAAUGAGUUUGGACGACAUAAUUAAACAGAUCGUCUCAAACCUGGACUAUGGAGUAUCAAAUUCAGACAUGCAGAAACUCUUCUCAGAAUCUGGUCCUCUACACAGUGCAACGGUUAAUUAUGACAAGUCUGGUCGCUCCAUGGGUUCAGCGUACGUCGUAUUUCACCGAAAAAAAGCAGAUGCAGUCAAAGCUAUGAAACAGUACAACAGCGUUCCUUUAGAUGGUCGACCCAUGCAGAUUGAAAUAACCACGUCUGAUGUUGCCGUUAUGAAGGAGCAAGCCAACCGAGUCAGAGAAGGCUUCGCCCGCAGGCCUAGUGCUAGACGUUUUGGCCGCAAAGAUGGUGGACGAGGUUUCAAAAGAGGUGGUCAUGGCGACGAAAGAGGUGAUGGACGAGGAACGAAAAAUAAAAUCCCAACUGCAGCAGAGUUAGAUGCGGAAUUAGAUGCGUACAUCAGCGAAAGAAAGUAA